CCCGGAGUGUAAUGGAGAGCGAGUUCGCACUUUGAGGCUUUUCUACAAGCAGCGGAGGAGCGGCGAUGAAGAGGCGUUCGAUCGACGGAAAGGAGGAGAAGAAGAACAAGAGGCCGAGAUCCGCCGAGGUGGCGGCUCCGGAGGAGGCGGUGUCCGCGGCGGAGCUCGGGGAGGACCUGCUGCUUGAGGUGCUGAAAAGGGCGGACGCGCGGACGCUGGGGAGGGCGGCGUGCGUGAGCCGAGGGUGGCGGAGGCUGGCGGAGGACGAGCGCCUCUGGGAGGCGGUGUGCACCCGAGACUGGGUCAAGGUCCCGUGCGGCAAGCAGCAGCUCCGCGCGGUGGUGCUCGCCCUAGGCGGAUUCCGCCGCCUCCACUCCCUCUACAUCCUCCCGUUCCUCGCCCCCUCGGCCGCCCUUCCCUCGCCCAUGACGGGUCGGCCUCACCCCCAGCAACGGUGGGGCAAGGACGAGGUGCAGCUCUCGCUCUCCCUCCUCUCCAUCGGCUUCUUCGAGAAGAUGAUACCUAACAACAACCGCGGCGGCCGCGGCGGCGCGUGACCUCCGGAAAAUUAGCCCCCUUAAAGAUCUAAUUUUUAUCUUCCUUAGCUGUUGUUGUGGCCGUAAAAAUCCAAAAUUUAUCUUCCUCAGCUGUUGUUGUGCGA